CUCCCCCAAACCAACGCGGAAAAUUCGCAUUACCUGCGGAAUUCCGUACCGCAUACGAUUCGCAUUGAAUUGUUUCCACUGUGGUAAGUAUACAAGUUCAGACAAGUACGAUUUUCGUCGUUCGGGCAUGCGUUUUGUCUGCGUAUUUAUUCGUCCGGAAUCUUAGUUCGCACUCGACAGCGUUUUUAUCAGUUUCGCAGUGGUUUCGCAUGUGAAAAAAUUGAAAAUGGAGAGAAUUAUUGAGUUGGUUCGAAAGUAUCCUAUUCUCUAUGACCUUUCUCAUGAAGAUUAUAAAAAUGUAAGGAAAAAGGACAAGAUUUGGACUAGAAUAGGAGAAGAAAUAGGCGAAAAUGGUGAGUAUUGGUUCGGGCAAGGGAUGAGAUUAAAAAAAAAAUGGAGGAAUCUGCGCGAUACGUACGCUAAGUACAUAAGAACUAAUAAAACUAGAACUGGACAAGCGGCAAGCGAUAAAAAAAAAUGGAUAUGGGCAGAUCAUAUGGAAUCGUUCAAACCGUUCCUAAAUUUUGCUAAGACUGCAUCCAAUGUCACAGAUGUUGAUACACAAGAAUCUGAAGCAUUCCCAAAUAUAGAAUCACCCGAAAAUAUAUUAACGGAUGAAAAUUCCGCAGUACAGAAACCAACGUGUAGUAAAAAUCUACUAACAACUCAGACAGAUGAUUCCCAGAAUAAGAUUCAACCCUCCUCAUCGAAACCUACUCGAAAUGAAGCUCCUAGGGUUACUCUUUCAAAUGAAACUCCUUCUACAGGCAGAACAAACAGAAAACGCAAUUCUGAGCCAUCCACAUCUGUGAAAGAUAUGAUCAGUUAUUUUGAGAGCAAAAAGAGAGUAGUGCAUGAUGCUACCGAUCAACUGUUUUUGGCUCAUGCUUCUACGGUAAAAUCUUUCUCUCCUAGAAGGCAAAUUGAAACAAAAAUGAAGAUUGCGCAAGUUAUCAUGGAGCAGGAGUUGCUUCAAUUGGAGGAAAGUUCUUUGAAUAGCCAUCAAUCUAGAGCUGAAAGUACAGACACCUAUCAAAACCCCUCUUCCGUCGGAAGUAUUUCGGUUGUAUCCCUACCUUCACCAAAUGAUACUGCAUUACCUAAACAAUCGAAUACUUCUGGGUUCUAUGAAGUGAAUUGUGAAAAUAAUUAUAUUACACUACACAACUUGGCGCAGAGUUGCAACCAAGCAGCUUCUCAUAAUCCAUCAGUUUCCAACUAUGUCAAUUCCUUUGACCCUUACAAUACAUAAAGUAUAUUUUAGAGUUAUUUUGAUCCUUAUUCUCUUUUACUGUAGUAAAUUAAUGAUAUAAAUAAUGCCUGCAGUUUUUUUUUUCAUUUUCUUACCUUAAUGUUAUGGCCAACCGUU